GCACGGACGAACAGGCCAUCAUCGAUCUGCUGUCGAAGCGUUCUGUUAAACAACGCCAGCAAAUUGCAGUAACCUACAAAUCAAGCUAUGGAAAGGACCUCAAGGAUCGUUUGGACAGCGAAUUGAGUGGAAAUUUCCGACGCGCAGUCCUCUACUCAUUCUACGACAUGGCUCACGUUAAUGCCAGGGCCUGCUACCAGGCCGUAAAGGGCGCGGGCACUGACGAACAGGUCCUCAUUGACGUCAUUUGCACAUCCACGAAUGAGGAAAUAGAGGCCCUGAAAAAGGCCUACAUGGAUAGUGAGUUAUUCCAUUACUCCUACACCAUAACUGUCAAAACGCAGAAAAUUUACAUGAAGACUAAAGCCAGCUGUUUUUAG